AUCACACUUCCUAAAGACAAUUUGAAAUGUCAACUACGAAGUAAACAUAACCUAAUAACAUUAAAUUUUGGUUCAGAUUUUAUCGUUUUAUUUUAAUUUAUUGUAUUAGGGGUAAUGUAAAACGAAACUAAGUUAAAGAAUUUUAAACUUCAAUCAAUAAUGUUAAGCACAAUAUCUCGUUUGUUGUUGGCUCAGGGCUCAUAUGCUCGACAGUCUCUUCGAUUUCUAUAUCAUGGAACGCCAGCAACUGUGGGAAAGUAUGCCACAGAACAAUUUACUUAUAUUAAAUCUGCCAUAGAGAAUAAUCAAAUUGACUGGGAAGACAUAAAAAAUAAUUUGCUUUCUAUACAGGGUGGUAUAAACCAAAAAAAUGUGGAUGCUGUACUGUUCAAAUUCAUGAUUUAUAACAAAAAAUAUGAUGCUGCUAGAUCUUUUGGUCAACAUUUGAAAAGUUUAAAUAAUGAAGUAUCCCUGGGCUCUCUUAAUGGACUUCUGUCGUUAUAUUAUGAAUUGGGGAAAGAAAACAAUCUGUCCAAGGAGGAGAAAUUAGAUAUUUUAAAUAUUUACAAUUAUUUACAUGACAAAUAUAAAGUACUGGAUUUUUUGACUUGUGAACACCUUUUGCAUGCAUUAUGUGUCAUCAAUGAGUGGUCAAAAGCUAUAAAAUUAUUAGAUGAUAUUAAUUUGUCUAGUAAGCCAUCACAUUCAGCAUACAGCAUUGUUAUAGCUACACUAUUUAGAAAUAAUAAGAAGAAGAUGGCUAUGGAGUUCAUACAGAAAAGUGUUAACAACAAAAGGGGGCUCCAAGAUAUAGCUUAUGAUGCAUGGAUAGACUACAUUUUGAGGAAAUAUAAACAGAAUGAUACUAAAGCUAAAUAUCUGAAUGAAAUAGGUGUGCAUAUAUCUAAUACUUGUUCUACAGUUAGCAUUGUUAUUGCGAAAAGACUGUUACAUGAAUAUAAUGCAAUAGGUUGGAAAGCAAAUUUUACGAAAAUUAUUAAAGCUAGUGGGCAGUGCUUAUCCUGUAAACAAAACUUAGACUGUUUAAGUCUGUCUAAAGAGGAAUUUGAGAUGUUGGAGCGGAAUAUUAAGGACAAGUUGAUUGUUGGUUCCGAUUUAUUCCUAAAAACUUCACCGGAAGAACUAAAUAAGUUUUUGGAGUUUGUAGAAAAAACUGGACCUUAUGACAUAAUAUUAGAUGCUCUUAAUAUAUGUUACGCUGUUGGCAAAGGUUCCAAGACUCAGAGGAUGGCUGCGCUGAAUAAUGUUGUAGGCUAUUUCCUGAAACAGGAUAAGAAGAUAUUAAUUUUAGGCAGGAAACACAUGUUGAAUUGGGAUAAAUUUGUCAUGCAAAGAAUAUUAGGCAGAGUAAAAAGUUUCUUUACUGAUAAUGUAUCUCAAGAUGAUCCGUACUUCAUCACAGCAGCAAUUUUAAGUGGUCCGAAUACAGACUUUGUAUCAAAAGAUUUACUUAGAGGUCAUACAUUUUCCCUAAAAGAUGAAUAUUUGAGGGUAAUAUUUAAAAGAUGGCAGUGGCAACAUCAAUGGAUGGUGUUCCAAGGUUAUAAUAAGUUUAACAUACAACCGCCUUUAACAUUCACGCCGUGCGGGCAAAAGAACAACGAAACGUGGCAUCUUCCUUACAAAUCCCAAGAAGAGGUGGAAACGAACCAGUUCAACGACGGCACACCAAACCUGUCCACUUGGCUUUGUGUUGCACCUAAAUUGAUACAAAUAAACAAAUUGAUUUGA